UUAACCCACUGAGCAAGGGCAGGGACCGAACCCGCAACCUCAUGGUUCCUAGUCGGAUUCGUUAACCACUGCGCCACAACGGGAACUCCUGCAUGUAAUUUUUAUACAAACAUAAAACUUGAUUGCCCAAACCUAUAAAGUGGCAGGUGAUGUUUUGCUGAAGCUACAGCCUCUUCGCAAGUGCUUGUGGUACUAGUUACCCAGAGUUUCUUUGAGUUGACCACAACCUAAACUGCUGAAUGUUGAGAGAACAGCUUCCUACUACUUUUGCCAAUUGGUUUCUCUGGUACACCUUGGUGUCACCUGCCAUUCAGUGGGCACAAAUGAGUUUAGGACUGUUUGUGAUUAAAAAAAAACUGUGUUUGCGUCUUUUAAUUCUUGCAGAGGCCUGCAGAUUCCUUCACAGCGAGAGCGUCGAAGGUACAGGCGCCGCCUCAGAACGCCCUCCUGGGGAGAGGCCUGAAGGGCAGGUGCUCUGUGGGGCGGGAGAGAGGGUGGCCUCCUGAAGAAUGGCGAGAUUGGAGAUGGGGAAGGAAGCCUGCUGAGUGGUGUGAGCAAAGACAGGAUGUGCCGGGUUGGUCACUGGGCUUUCAAAGAGGAGUAGAGGAGGCGAGGGGAUGGCAGAUGAGAACGAGAGACCGUUAGGGAGGUGGGCCGGGCCCGGCUGUGAGGCCUUGGAAGUGCUCUGGGGUUUCUUCUCGGGCUCUCCUCAGCCACAUCACAGUUCUUGCAAGCAGGAACUGGUAUUGGCCUCGCUUUUACAAAUGAGAAAACUGAGACAAGGAGAUUCAAUAAUUUGCCAUAGCUUACGCACGACAUACACCUAGGCAGGUAAGCUCAUGAAUUUGUCCCCCCACCUGCUGUUCCCUCUAAUUCUGCAUUUAACGCCAUGUGGCAGAUGGGAGGUGUUUGUGUCAUCCUGGGUGAAGAAUCCUUUUUCGUGUGGAUGUUUAGCUCUCUGGUGAUGGAGCCGUGUAACACCGUGUAUCCUCCUUAUCUGUAGGGUGGGCUGGAGGUGUCAGCCCAGAUGUGUGAGGUAAUGGAGAUGUGUGUGUGUUACAUCUGCUGCUGUCAUCGCCACCCUCUGCUGUGGUUUCAGUACACAAGCUUAGGCACAUUCAGAAGUGUUCCUCUCGGAGUUCCCCUCACGGCUCAGUGGUAACGAACCCAACCAGUAUCCAAGAGGAUGCCGGUUCGAUCCCUGGCCUCGCUCAGUGGGUUAAGGAUCCUGUGUUGCCCUGAGCGGUGAUGUAGGUCACAGGUGCGGCUUGGAUCUGGCAUUGCUGUGGCUCUGGCGUAGACCGGCAGCUGCAGCUCUGAUUCAACCCCUAGCUUGGGAACCUCCAUUUGCCUGGGGUGUGGCCCUAAAAAGACAAAACAAAAAACAAAAAAAAAAGUAUUCCUCCUAGCUUCGUGUUUAAUUAAGUAGAAUUCUUAAACUUUUUUCAUCCAAAACUAUUGGUGUCUUAUAAAAUGUUAGUAAUAGACCAGCCAUGACUUAGAGAUUCAAGUAGAAGAAUCCCUCUCAGAGGAGCUAAUAGAAUUUUUUUGUUUUCGAAGUGUCAUGUCUGAAGCAUAAGAAGAAGAAGCAUCAGUUGCACUGAGAGCAAAGUCAGCCCUGUUGUGUGGGUCUGCAGUCCCGGACCCCGGGAUGCGGGCGACUGUGCUCCCACUGAGCAAAGCAGGGCCUCGUCCAGGGGGUGCGAAGGACUUCCUGCAUCGGAGUGGCAGAUGUAGAUUUUCUUUCCUUCUCUUUUUGCCCUGUUCUUUCCACUUUCUUUACCAGAAUUUUCAGACCUCUCUGGACAUACAGCAAUACAGCGAAGCUCAGUAUAUGUCCAUUUUGAGCUGGAACAGUUGCCACCCUCCCAUUUUGCUUUUAUUUUGUCUCUUCCUCCCUCCACACACACAGUUUUUGCAAAGGGUUAUGUCUGUGUAUAUUUACUUCACUUACAGGCGAGGCGCGCUCUAAAGCAAACCCAGACAGUAUGCCGUGUGCAUGAGCAGUUCAGCGUGCGUCUCGAAUGGACACCAGCCGCUCUCAUGCCUCGCACGGUUGUUCCUGCAGGCCCACAGGUGCCAUUUCUCAAAGGCAGAAAAUCGGGUGCAACCCUAAGCCCCUGAGAGUCUAACGAACGCUUUUUUACUGUUGUUUCCCUUUGGGGGAUGUGCAUGCUGACUCUCGAGGUUGCCACCAUUCCGUGGGGUGUAACUCAGAGGCUGCGGAAACACCGCCAAAAAGGCCGAGGUCUGGAAUUCCUUCUUCUGGCUGGGAUGACACCUGUAGUUACCCUUUUAUUGAGUUUAUGAGAAUAAGAAAAAUCGUAGGAAAACUUUGUGUUGUUUUGUGUCUUUGGAUGCAGCGUGCUGUUUGGGUUGUAAUGCGUGGGGUGGAACGGCUCUCAGGCAGGGUCUGUUGGAAUUAGGAUUUGGACUUGAGUGGCAGGGACAUGUGACUGCUGUGCAAGGGGUUAUUUUUGGUAACUGGCUGUCGGCUUCUCCCCAGAAACCUCAGAAAGGGAGUGGGAGAUGCACUUGUGGAGGCUCAGAAAGCCGCUGGCAUUGUUAUGUGAGUUCUUGAACUUUUGACCAUGGGUUGUUGCUUCAGCAAAGAACUAAGUAGUGACGAUGACAGUGAAAAAACUGGCCUGUUACAAGAAUCUAUGGAGGAGAAGGAACCAGAGACCAAGAUAAGUAACAGUCUGUCUUCCUUCUCGGAUGCCUUUGGAGGGGAGGCGAGGCCCCACGGUGGGGCCCGCGCGGGGGCCGGGGCCCGGAGGCCGCCGGUCGGCUCGCUCUCCGCUGUGGCGCUCGUGGUCCCAGGCCGGCACCGGCAUUUAGGAGAGGCCGCCAGCCCGGAGCGUGGGGCAGCGGCCCAGCAGAGCUCUGGAACCGAGAUCGAGGUGGUGGCAGACGUGCCAAGCAGCAGCAGCCGAGGGAGCACGUCGCCUGUGUCUGGCGGUGGGGAGAGGAAGGCUGACGGCCCUGCUCGUGUGGCCCUUGGAAGACGGGGGCCUCCAGGAGAGAGCAGGCCUGCAGGCCUCGCUGUCACAGACCCUGAUGGCCCGGCCCCUGCAGGCAAGCCGUGUGUUCCUGGGUGUGGAACAGCUGCAGCUCCGGAGGGCUGGCUGGCUUGUCGCUCCCAGGGGCUCCGUCGAGGGGCCCAGGGCCCGGGGCAGCCAGAACCGCCCCUGCGGGGCCCGCCGCUGCCAGGUGGCCUGGAGGGGGUAUUGACUGGGAAAACUGGAUGCCGUUCUGAGCUUUUGAGUGACAGUGACCCACCCUGUAAAGGAAACUUCGAUGGCCUUCAGGCAGCCACUUGCCCCAGGCUUCCUAAAACUGUCAUGGAAAGGAGCACAUUACGUCGUGUUGGCACACUCCCCACAUUAAAUGGUAACACAGACAUGAACUCACAAGUGUGUGCGCACCCCAGCCCCAAAGUAGGAGGGGGCUGCAGUUCAGGACCGGGGGGCCUGGGGCCCGAUUCUCAUGUUCAUGUCGUUAACGACGCUCCAGAUGUUGAAAGAAAUGGGGAUUCUGGGCCUGGAACAGCCUGCGUGGGUCAGAGUGUAGACUCUGAAAGGGAAGGUGGUCACUGCGUAGAACCACUGAGAGACAGCAGGUCGGAGAGCGGUCUCCUUUCCCUGCGUCGGCAUAGAAUUAAUGCCAGUUCAAAAAGACGUGCCGCUGCAGUGGGCUUUGGGAACAGGUGUCUUCCUGUUCGUGCAGAUUUCCAGGCAUCAGCCCCUAGCAGUCGUGAUGGUCCGGGGCCCGAGCUUCUCCUGGGGCCGGAGAUGCUUGAGGAGCAGCGGGGCCAUGGCAGCUUGGGAACUGGAGGCAGCCGGCUUGCAGACAAAGCAGAAUUGUCGUUGUGGUCUCAGAACAGCUGGUCUUAUCAAGAGGAGGAUGAAAGUUGCAUCUUUGAGGGGGAGGGUUGUGCUACGAGGGCUUUCCGAGGGGCCUCUGCAUGUCGGGGAGGUCUGUGUGCAGACACUCGGGCCGGCGAGGCCCAGGCCCACACCUGUGAUUUGACGCCGUGUGCCGUGCAGGCAGCAACCGUGGAGGCUGUGCCCCCAAACAGCAAGCCUCCUGACGGCUUCAAGUGGCCCGGGAGUGCUGUCGUUUCCUCUGCGUGCGUGCUCACCCGGGCUGAAGAGGACAGUGGAGCAGAGGAUGCAGCGUGUGCAGACAGCUCGGGGAGCGACCCCUGCAGACCAGAAAGCGCGGAACGAGGAUCGCCCGGAGCCUGUCAGAGAGAGACCAGGAAAAGGGACAUCGUGGGUGUCCAGGCUGACCCGGAAACAGCCCUUGACUGGGAAACAAAUGUACGAAAAUGCAAGGCGGAGUCCAGUUGGGAUGUACUGGUUCGUGUUAGUUCUGGUGUAACAAGGAAACCUAAUUUUGAAACCAAUCAAAUAGAAGAAAAUGUAACUCAGGGAGUGAAUGACUGCAGAUAUGAAGGGCCCAGCCUUGUGUCCCCCUUAAGCCGAAGUCAGAGACCAGGUACGCAGAGGUCGGGAGUAGAGGGGGCGAGCCCUGGAGACGGCGGGCGGCGUCUGCAACCAAAGCAGGUCUUCUCGCAGUCCGCUGGAGAAGCUUCUCUUGCCUCUGGUGGAGGUGCGUCGGGGAGUGAGCCGGAGCCUGUCAGUGGAGUCCAAGAGGAGACACUCGGUCAGGAGCAAGGCAGUGGCGAUGGCGGCCUUGCAGGCCACGUGGGGCCACGCAGGGUGGGCAGACAGAGGGCUGCCGGGCCCAUGGAGCAGGGGCCUGCCUUGAACAGGACCCUGGGUUUUGUGGAAAGUUCGCAGUUGGGGUUUGGAAGAAUGGAGGUCAGUGACACUUGUGCGGGGUGUCCCUGCUUGGCGGGUGUCGGCCUUGCCCAAGGGGACGGGCACUCAGCUGUUCCCCCUGGUGGCCCAGGUGACAGCAAGGAAGUUGUAGUCCGAGAUCCUGAGGACCUUGUCCCAUCGCUCUUAUCUGAAAGCCCCUCAAAGGGGGAUGGGCAGAACUGCCCAGAGGACGUGUACUCCCAGUUUGUGAAUGAACUUGCCUGGUACCCAGUGGGAGAGCUGGUAGGUCAUGUGUUCUCUGAGGGACUGGCAGACGGUCCUGGAUGUCAGGAGGGCUGCCCCUGGACGAAGGGAGUUGCAGAAGACGCGGGUGAAGAGGAACAGAUACUUAGCGGGCACCUGCGCGUUAAGCCAUGGGACCUGGAGAUGGCUUUGGUUUGGAUGGAGAAGCCCCCUUACCAGCCACCAGUGGCAGAAGCCGGAGUUACCUGGGGAUGGCAGGAUCGAGGUGGACAGUUAGUACCAACGGCCAAGGUUUCAGAGCUAAACCCCAACGCAAAGGUAUGGGGGACUCACAUGUUACACUUGGAAGCCGGUAGUACAGCGGAUGGCGGAGUGCGCGCAGCCUGGGAGGAGACGCCCCGCCGCGGCCAGGAGGGAUUGGACACCCAUGGCAGUGGCGACAGAAGUCCCGAGAAUGCAGCACUGUCAGAUUUGCAGGAGUCAGACCGGACAGCCAUGAGCACUUUGGGUCUGGACCACUCCGAGUAUGAGUCACCGCCGGAAAAUAGCGAGACAGGAGGAAAUGAAUCCCAGCCGGAAGGCCAGGAAGACCCUCGAGAAGUUCUUAAGAAAACAUUGGAAUUCUGCUUGUCUAGGGAGAACCUUGCUAGUGACAUGUACCUUAUAUCGCAGAUGGACAGUGAUCAGUACGUGCCAAUCACCACGGUGGCCAACCUGGACCACAUCAAGAAGCUCAGCACCGACAUGGACCUGAUUGUCGAAGUGCUGAGAUCCUUACCUUUGGUCCAGGUGGAUGAGAAGGGAGAAAAAGUCAGGCCAAAUCAGAAUCGUUGCAUAGUGAUACUACGUGAAAUAUCUGAAUCCACCCCUGUAGAAGAAGUAGAAGCACUAUUUAAAGGAGAUAACUUACCGAAAUUUAUAAACUGUGAAUUUGCCUAUAAUGAUAAUUGGUUUAUUACGUUUGAAACAGAAGCUGACGCACAACAGGCUUACAGGUAUCUGCGAGAAGAAGUCAAAACCUUUCAAGGAAAACCAAUUAAGGCGCGGAUAAAGGCAAAGGCAAUCGCUAUAAACACAUUUUUGCCAAAGAAUGGCUUUAGACCUCUGGACAUGAGCCUCUAUGCGCAGCAGCGUUACACGGCCUCCUUUUACUUCCCUCCCGUCUACAGCCCCCAGCAGCCGUUUCCUCUGUACAGCCUGAUCGCCCCCCAGACGUGGUCAGCAACGCACAGCUAUCUGGACCCGCCCUUGGUAACGCCUUUCCCCAAUACUGGAUUUAUAAACGGGUUCACGUCUCCAACCUUCAAACCUGCGGCGUCUCCUCUGGCUUCGCUCAGACAGUACCCGCCGAGAAGCAGGAACCCCAGUAAAUCUCACCUGCGCCAGGCCAUCCCCAGUGCGGAGAGAGGCCCGGGGCUCCUAGAGAGCCCCUCCAUAUUUAACUUCACCGCCGAGCGGCUGAUCAACGGAGUGCGGAGCCCGCAGACGCGGCAGGCGAGCCAGCCCAGAGCGCGGAUCCAGACCCCUGCAGCCUUCGCCAAGAGAGAGGUGGGGCCGGGGCGAGUGGAGCAGAGCAGCCUCGAGUCCCCUCCCGGCUUAGGGAGAGGAAGGAAGAACUCCUUCGGUUACCGGAAGAAGCGCGAGGAGAAGUUCACAAGGAGUCAGACUCAGUCUCCAACGCCGCCCAGGCCUCCGUCCCCGAGCUUUGAACUCGGGCUGUCCAGCUUCCCCCCGCUGCCUGGGGCGGCGGGGCACUUGAAGACGGAGGACUCGUUUGAGAACCGGCUGCCCGGCUUGCUCGCAGGGCCAGCCAAAGAAAGGAGCCUGAAUGCCGAUGCGAGCACGAACACGCAGCCCGCGGCGCCCUCCCGAGAGCCCCCGGCGACCUGCGCCCUGACCGCAGCCUGCGAGCGCGCCCCCUCGCCCGCCCGGCCGCCCGAGGACCCCGAGGUGGUGGAGAGACAGCGGGAAACCCCGAGUGUGGACAGACCUCCUCCUGCGCUGAGCACAACCGCCAGUAAAUCUGUGCAGGUGAACGGCGGCGCCACGGAGCUGCGGAAACCCAGCUACGCCGAGAUCUGCCAGAGGACGAGUAGAGAGCCCCCGUCUUCCGUGCUGCAGCCCCAGAAAGAACAGAAGCCCCACGCCGUCGCUUGCGGGAAGGAUGAGAGGAAGCUCGCCGAGAGAGAGCCCCCCGCCCCCAGGUCCAGCCCGGGACCAGCCAAAGACCAGAGGAGGCCGCUGGGCCGCCGGCCCUCGCCCCCCGCCCCGGGGCGGCGGCCACACAGAGACCAGAGCCCCCCUCCCAGGUCCCCUCAGUGAGCGCCGAGGUCUGGGCGGGCUGCGAGGAGCUGAGGUGGCCACAGGGAGCGCUGUCUGCUCGGGACGGAGUGAGCUGCGGGUUAGGAGCUGGCAGUGCAGACGAGGCCCACGAGGUGCCUGCACGUUACUUUUCUUCUCUGAGUCGGAUUUCCCCCUCUUGAAAAAAAUCUAUUUUUCAGGAUUUAAUUAAUAUAAACCUUAUUUUAGGUUGGUGCUUAACUGGAGGUGAUGCAUAAGUCUGAUUUUUUUCAGGAUAGAAAAUGCAUUUAUCCUAACAAAUUGAUAUUUUUUAUUAAGCCUCCAUGUGGCUAUGAAUGCAAGCUAUAUAUAUAGUGAGUUUUUCUAAAUUAAGCGGAACUGUGCUACUUGAUUUUUUAAAACUAACUGGUUAGCAAGUGCGUAUCUCUAAGGCGUCCAGGCUGCCGGGUGAGGCCGAGGACGGGGCGGGGUGGGGGCACAACGGGGCUGUAAGUGUAGCCCGGGGAGGGACGCGGGGCGAGGCCGGCCGCGCCACCCGCUGGCCUGCCAGGUGGUUCUGGCAUCCUCUGGGGACAGCCGGGUUUGGGUCUCCUGGGCAGAGUGACCCUGCAGAGAGCACUGAGAGCCCCGGUGGCCUGCCAGCAAGUGACCAGCUUCUCACUCCAGUCUCAAGUGGCUGUAGGUAGGAUAGACUCAAAGCACAUUGUGAAUAGAACUCAAACGAAAACAUCAACUUUGUUCCCUCCGACAUGUUACUGCAAAGUUGUCCCCUGAUGCUUUGCUCCCAAGAGCUGGCGGGAGGACGCGGAGCCCAACCCCUGGGAGCCGCCUGCUCUUGACCCUCGGCGCACGCGGUCCAGCCGCUCCGUAACGGAGAGCAGGUGUGUGUGGCCUCUGGUGGCGGAGGAGCGAGGGCGCUGUCGUCACCCUGACACAGGGUCUCCAGCCCCUCGGGACGUGCCGCUCUCCAGGACACCGCGCUCAAGCUCGCAGUUGAUACUAAAGUCAGACAUCAGUUCUUUCUUUUAAGAUGCCUCAAUUGUUUCUUUAGUUAUUCCAAGCAGCAGACAUUAAAAUGAGAAUAUUUCCUGCUACAUGUAACCAUGCAGUUUAUUCCACAAAUGUUAUUUAACAAGACUGAGGUUUUUUGUUUUUUUUUUAAGAUUAUUUCCAUCCAAUAUUUAAAGACUUGAAUUUUAUUUAAACUUGAAAAUGACUUUGCCUUAACUUUUGUAUAAGACAGCUUAGAGUUCGUGAGCCCGGCCCCGGUUGUCGGGAGUGAUUUCAGUUCCUCGGCUCCGUGGGGCCUGCUGUCGCUGGUGUCACUGAGCACGUGCACGUGGUGCAGGAACGCGCAGUCGGGUUUGUAAUAUACCUGCAAGAUCGCACCCAGCUGAUCCUUUUUCAGAUUGUUGAAAAAUUCUGUAAAUGCCGAUAGUCGAUACUGUAUUAAAUGGGUGCCCUUGGGAGUGUGUGCUCUGCUUGUACAGUUGUAAAUAGUCAGAACAUAUUAAAAAGGUACCCUAAAGAGAAGAGUCUGAUAAAAAUCGAUAUAUUGUAAAUGUUGCUAUUGAGCGGGAUGUAGAUAAACUCAAUGUUGUGGUUUGAGUAUUAUUUUAAUUUGUUGGGGUUUUUUCCUUUUUUCUUGUACUGGUGUGUUCAACUGAUUCUGCCUCUUUGCUGCUGCGAAAGGGAGAUGGAAAGUCAUUAAAACCUUUGAAUGUUUUCAUGCUCUUAAAAGGAUGUAAAUAUGUACUAAUCACAGCUAAUGUGAAAGGGUUUUCGAGGUAUAAUCUAGAAAGUGGAAGCUGGCGGGGUCCUCAAGUGAAAGUAAAUAAUAAUCUCCUUAAAAUCACAAAUAGCUAAGCGUGAUUUGCCUGCCGAGGUGAACGGGCCCAUCUCCUUCAGAGCAGCAUCUUUAUUCAAAUACCCAGACACCCACACAGUGCUCAUACUUGCAGAUGCCCAUACAAGGAUCAGAGGGGUUUAUUUCUUGGUGGUGGUGAGAUUGCUGCCUAAAAAAUCAGAAAUAAUGGACUGUUCCCACCCAAACGAAAGAGCACUGUACAGAGUUGGGAAGGCCAGCUCUGAGCCCUAGGAGUUCCCUGGGUGUGGCAGUCUUUGCCAGAGGAGGAGCGAAUGUUGUCACCCAUCGUCACCCCCAAGUCCCAAACCCCUUGCAGCCCAGACACUGGCUUUUCAUGAGGACAGAGCCCUUCCCUGGAGGUGGGUGUGCAGAGCUGUGUGUGCGGACGGGAUGGUUGUGGUCCCUGUGACAGCAGCACGUGGCGGGCCAGGCGUGCAAGGGUCACGGCUCCCCAGCCGCGCCCGUGGCAGCAGGGGUCGAGGUUUCACUCUUAUGGGGUCUCUGUGGCAUCCUUUCUAAUUUGUAAGUAAGCGGAGUUGCCGAUGCCGAGUAGCUGUGUGCCCUUCCCCCAUGAUGUCCCGUGCACAGGAGGUGCACGGAGAGCAGCGUGGCCCGCGCCCGCGCCUCGUGUGUGGCCUGCCUUCCCCCAGCCUCCCCUCGAGGUGCAGAGUCGGAGAGAGGGCAGUGACAGCGGCAUUUUAACCUGUACAAUCGUGUGAUGAUCCUUAGGGUUUGGAGAUAAAGGAUGAGAAUCCAGCCUGUUUCAGCAGACAUGAAUUUCAAGCAGCGUAGUUGCUGUUCAGGAGUUGGCCUUGGGGUGACCGAUCCGGCCUCCUGUAACCGCGUUGCCACUCGACGCUGGCCGGGCAGGAAGCCUGACACGCCGCCGUGUGGGUCGGGUCUGGCCGCACAGGUGGGGACUGGCUUGGGGCCUCAGGUCUGUAUCGGCCACGGCCACCGCUGGGCUGUCCCAGGGCCUGGACCUCGCGGCCUGUCACCUGUGCCCGAGGCAGCAGACAAUCAGCCCAGAGGAGAGCCUGCAGCCGCAGCCCCUUGGGGGGGCUUCUGUUUUUGUUCUUCUUUCAUUAAGACUGGAAUCAAGCUUAUGUGUAAACUUAUUGGUAAUUUAAGUUUCCUUUGUGUCAUUCAGUGUAAAAAUGUCUAAUUUGAAAAAAUGUAGGUUAUGAAAAAUAAAGAUUUAGGCACUGU